AUGGACGGCAGUGGGGUGCGUGGAGUGGUGUCUCGGGGGCAGGGGUUACGCAUCCCGCCAGCCUCGAAGCAGAGGGCAGAGAUGGAGGGAGGUACCGGCCAAGGGGAAGCACCAAAACCGUCCAGAGACAGACCGAGUGUCCAGAGCCUUCAGCCUGACACGUCCUCCACCACCACCACUAAUCUCCUGGCCUCCGUGAAAGAGCAGGAGCUGCAGUUUGAGCGUCUGACCCGAGAGUUGGAGGAGGAGCGUCAGAUUGUGGCCAGCCAGCUGGAGAGAUGCAUGCUGGGAGCAGAGUCUCUGGGCGGAGACAGCAGCAGCUCAUCUGAGAAGUCCUUCAACUGGCGAUCAGCAGUGGGGGAGUCACGUCCUGGUGGGGGGGAGGCAGGGCCGCCCUCCCCCUCUCGCCUGUUCCGGGGCGACGAGGGGCUCUAUCCUGGGGAGCCAGAGAGAGUGUCCCUUCAUGACAGUGAGGUGUCAGGGGCUCACUCCGUCCAGAUGGCGUCCUACGCGGACAGUGGUUACCAUGACAGCAGCGUGAGCUUCUACAGCGCUCAGAACCUGGUCCGCUCCGGCCCCCGGGCCUCCCUGUGCAGGAGCCCCCGGGCUGAGGGCCAGGCGUCCGGACAGGCGUCGGCGUCUGGCCGGGUGAUGAGGCGGAUCGGCUCCCUGCCCUCCAGCGGCCAGUCUCCGGGGGGCCCGGGGGGCACGGUGUCCCCCUCCCGCGUGUCGCUCCGCACCUCCCAGGGCAGCGCCUACGGCUCGCCCAUCCUCACUGAGCCCAAACCACUGGCCAGCGUCUUCCCCGGCACCACCAUGCCCCCCUCCUGCCCCUCGCCCCCCUCCUCCACCUCCUCCCCGCCCCCCCAGCUCUACUCCCCCUCCCAGAGGAACGGGGGGCGUCCGGCCUCUCGCACCCUCGCCACCUCUCCCCCGGGCGUGGGCGUGGCCGGGCGCCUGGGCUCCUCCCUGUCCCUGGUGGAGGGGCGGGGCUUGUCCGUGUCUCCUCUGAGGUCCUGUAUGACAGCUGUGCCGCAGCAGUUUGGCUCCACCCUCCCCCGCCAGACACAGCCUCUCCCCUACGGCGCCGACCCCUACGCCCGCUAUGAGAGGAGCACCCUGUCCAGACCCGACAGCCUCACAGGUCUUCACAGCUCCUACAUCUCCCACCCCAGCCAGCAGGGGGCAGCAUUGUCUCCAGACUGCCACCUCACUCCUGUCUACACCGAGCGCUCCUACCCCAGCCCGCUGUACCACAGCCCCUCCCACAGCGCCCUCUACAGGCCCUGCACAGGGAUGGGGACCCUUCAGAGAGCCAGCAGCCACUGCAGCACCUUGCCCUACCAGAGCAGCUACGGCCUGUACCCAGACCCCUACAGGGUCUCCCAGCAGGGGCUGGUCGAGCUGGCCUACCCCGACAGAACAGCCACGAGGUCCCCCUCCAUCGACAGCAUCCACAAGGACCCCAGGGAGUUUGCGUGGCGUGACCCGGAGCUGCCGGAGGUCAUCCACAUGCUGCAGCACCACUUCCCGUCCGUCCAGGCUAACGCUGCAGCCUACCUGCAGCACCUCUGCUACGGAGACAACAGGGUCAAGGUGGAGGUGUGUCACCUGGGGGGCAUCCAGCACCUGGUGGACCUGCUGGACCACAAGGCGGGGGAGGUGCAGAGGAGCGCGUGCGGGGCGCUCAGGAACCUGGUGUACGGCAAAGCCACCGACCACAACAAGGUGGCGCUGAGGAACUGCGGUGGUGUUCCAGCGCUGCUGCGUCUGCUGAGGAAGACCACCGACAACGACGUCAGAGAGCUGGUCACUGGGGUGUUGUGGAACCUGUCUUCCUGCGACGCAGUAAAGAUGACCAUCAUCAGAGACGCUCUGAGCACCCUGACCAGCACUGUGGUCAUCCCCCACUCCGGCUGGAGCAGCGGAGAGCACCGCGACCACGCCCUCAAGGUUCACUCCUCCCUGCUGCUCCGCAACACCACCGGCUGCCUCAGGAACCUCAGUUCAGCCGGGGAGGAGGCGAGGGGUCAGCUGCGCUGCUGUGAGGGGCUGGUCGACUCUCUCCUCUAUGUCAUCAAGGCUUGCGUCCACACCUCCGACUUUGACAGCAAGAUAGUGGAGAACUGCGUGUGCACUCUGAGGAACCUUUCUUACCGGCUGGAGAUCGAGAUGCCCUCGUCUCGUCUGCUGGGGGUCCACGAAGUGGACGGGCUCUUGGGCUUCGGCUCGGCCAGCCAAGACUACGACUACCUCUGCUGGGGCCGCAUGAGGAAGAAGAAGAAGAGGGAGUGGCUGGAUGGGAAGUGGGAUGGCGUGGGACCCAUCCCUGGCUUCUCCAAGUCUCCUAAGGGGGCUGAGAUGCUGUGGCACCCGGCUGUGGUGAAGCCUUACCUGGGCCUGCUGGCCGAGAGCUCCAACCCUGCCACCCUGGAGGGCUCCGCCGGCUCCCUGCAGAACCUGUCUGCCGGAAACUGGAAGUUUGCGGCCUACAUCCGAGCGGCGGUGCGUAAGGAGAAGGGCCUGCCCAUCCUGGUGGAGCUGCUGAGGAUGGAUAACGACCGUGUGGUCUGCUCUGUGUCCACGGCCCUCAGGAACAUGGCCCUGGACAGCAGGAACAAGGAGCUCAUAGGUAAGUACGCCAUGCGUGACCUGGUGAACCGUCUCCCAGGGUCCCGCCCCUCUCUGCUGUCUGACGAGACGGUGGCAUCCAUCUGCUGCACGCUGCACGAGGUGACCAGCAGGAACACGGAGAACGCCAAGGCCCUGGCUGACACGGGGGGCAUCGAGAAGCUGGUCCACAUCAGCAAGGGCCGGGGGGAGGGCUACAGGUACUCUGUGAAGGUGGUGAAGGCUGCAGGCCAGGUGUUGAACACUCUGUGGCAGUACAGAGACCUGCGCUCCCUCUACAGACAGGACGGCUGGACACACACUCACUUCAUCACCCCGGUGUCCACUUUGGAGCGGGACCGCUAUCGGUCUCAGCCCACCCUGCCCACCAGCACACUCCACAUGCCUCCUGUCAUCCAGACAGGCGGCAGUGCCACGUCAUCUCCAGCCAUGCUAGGCAUCCGCAGGCUCAGCUACAACAACCAGAGGGCGCAGUCAUCUAUGCAACUUGAUACUUACUACGGAGACCACAGUUUACAGAAACAUCAACGAGCAGGAUCAGAAAAACAAACACCAUAUUUUAUAGGCUCCUAUUGUUCCCCGACAAGAGAGGACUUCAUACGGCCACAAAACAAGGAGCCGUUUUACGACGAACCAGAGAACCGGACGACUUUCAACAACUACCGAAUGUACCUGUCGUCUCCACAAGGCUACGAGGAGGAUGCGUACCAGGAGGAUCCUGCCCCGGACGCGCCGGAAAGGUACGCCACCCAGACCCUGACACUCAAAUCCAAUACCAACUACGUGGAUUUCUACUCCACCACACGGAGGCCUUCACAGCGGGCGAACCAGUACACCGGCUCCCCCGACUCCUGGGUUUAGGGAACUGUAACACCAUAUUGAACUCAACUUAAGUGUGUGUCUGUGUUUGUACGUGCGCAUAUGUGCCGCUGAUUGCAUAUGUGUGUGUGAUUCAGAAUUAGGAACCUCGUUGUUUUCCGGAGUGCUGUGUAACGUCGGUUAGUUGUCCUAGGUAAGAAGAAGCACUGUGUUGAGUUAACGAGGUGCGUCAGUGCUGUGGUGGGCAGAAUUGUGCAAAGGAGAUGAUGGGGAAAUGUUCGAGUUGAAAUAAGCUAAAAGGUUAUACCUUUUCCUAGUAAGUUGGCCAAAAAUAUGUAAUGAAGUUAUAUACUUAAUGUGAAAUGUCAAAUACUAUUUGUACAGAUAAAUGAUACAAUGACGUAUAAACUCUAUUGUUUUAUCUCUGUAUUCUAUGUGUGGACUUUGUAUGCUCUGGUGUUAAGUAAUAUUUUUUAUUAUUAUUUAUUGAUCACUUUCUCAAGUUGUGACCAAUUGUGACUGACCAAAAUGCCCAGUUCUCUGUACUGUCCAACACUAAGAUAUGUAUGUCACGGAUGAAAAUGUGUAAAGAUUAAAGAUCUCAU